CUUUGAGCUCGUGUGUGUGACACGAGAGUAAACUAACACACACACACGUACACACACACACACACACACACACACAUCUUCAGUUGUUCACAAUGCGGCUUCUGAGAGCAGCAUCAUCUUUGGCGCGUCUGCACCGGCCAGGACACAGCACUUUACAGCAGGUGUUGAUCAGCUGUCGCUCCUGCUCAAAUGGCAUCACACCGAACGAGCGGAUCCGGAACAUCGGCAUCUCAGCGCACAUUGACUCCGGGAAGACCACGCUGACCGAGAGAGUGCUGUACUACACCGGCAGAAUAGCGGAGAUGCAUGAGGUGAGGGGUAAGGAUGGGGUGGGAGCGAUCAUGGACUCUAUGGAGCUGGAGAGACAGAGAGGAAUCACCAUCCAGUCCGCUGCCACUUACACCAUGUGGAAAAACCACAACAUCAACAUCAUCGACACACCAGGUCAUGUGGACUUUACCAUCGAGGUGGAGCGAUCUCUGCGUGUGCUGGACGGGGCGGUGCUGGUUCUGUGUGCGGUCGGAGGAGUUCAGUGUCAGACGGUGACUGUGAACAGACAGAUGAAGCGAUAUAGCGUUCCCUUCCUCACUUUCAUCAACAAACUGGACCGACUGGGAGCCAAUCCCAACAGAGCACUGCAGCAGCUCAGGACUAAACUGAAUCAGAAUGCAGCGUUUGUGAACAUCCCCAUCGGGCUGGAGGGGAAUCUGCGCGGGAUCAUUGACCUGAUCGAGGAGCGCAGCAUCGUCUUUGAUGGCCCGUUCGGUGAGAGUGUGCGCUAUGAGGACAUCCCGCCAGAGAUGCGCAGUGAAGCCGCAGACCGCCGGCAGGAGCUAGUGGAGUGUGUCGCUAAUGCUGACGAGACGCUGGGAGAGAUGUUUCUGGAGGAGAGAGUUCCCACUGUCCUCGACCUCAAGGCUGCAGUGCGAAGAGCAACAGUCAAGCGCUCCUUCAGUCCUGUGCUGGUGGGCAGCGCUCUGAAGAAUAAAGGAGUUCAGCCGCUGCUGGACGCGGUGCUGGAGUAUCUGCCAAACCCCACCGAGGUGCAGAACUACGCCAUACUCAACGAGGAGGGAGAGAGUGAAGGAUCAAAGAUUCUGAUGGACUCCACUAGAGAUGACACACAGCCGUUCGUGGGUCUGGCCUUCAAACUAGAGGCGGGGCGUUUCGGUCAGCUGACGUACGUGCGUGUGUAUCAGGGCUGUCUGAGGAAAACCGACUACAUCCACAACUCGCGCACGGGGAGGAGGGUUCGAGUGCAGAGACUGGUGCGCCUGCACGCUGACCAGAUGGAGGAUGUGGAGGUGGCGUAUGCUGGAGAUAUCUGUGCGCUGUUUGGCAUCGACUGCGCCAGCGGAGACACCUUCACUGCCCGCAACAAUGCCAACCUCUCCAUGGAGUCCAUUCAUGUUCCUGAGCCGGUGAUCUCCAUGGCCAUUCGGCCCUCAAACAAGAAUGACACUGAUAAGCUGUCGAAGGGCAUCAGCCGCUUCACCAGGGAAGACCCCACGUUUCGGGUUCAUUUCGACACGGAGAGCAAAGAGACCAUCAUCUCCGGCAUGGGGGAGCUGCAUCUGGAGAUCUACUCUCAGAGGAUGGAAAGGGAAUACAGCUGUCCGUGUGUGAUGGGCAAACCCAAGGUGGCCUUCAGAGAGACGCUGACCAGCGCUGUGCCGUUCGAGUACACUCAUAAAAAGCAGUCUGGAGGAUCAGGACAAUAUGGAAAGGUUAUUGGGGUCCUGGAGCCGCUGGAUUCUGAGAAUUACACCAAGGUGGAGUUCAGUGACGAAACUGUCGGGACAAACAUCCCCAAACAGUUUGUGCCCGCAGUGGAGAAGGGCUUUCGAGAUGCGUGUGAGAAGGGUCCUCUGAUUGGACACAAGAUCUCGGGCGUUCGCUUUGUGCUGGAGGACGGAGCACAUCACAUGGUGGACUCUAAUGAGAUCUCCUUCAUCCGGGCUGGAGAGGGCGCUGUCAAACAGGCGCUGGAGAAGGCCACUGUUGUGAUCCUGGAGCCGGUCAUGUCUGUGGAGAUCGUCGCUCCGAAUGAGUUUCAGGGUGCAGUUAUUGCAGGAGUCAACCGCCGACACGGAGUGAUCUCGGGACAGGACGGAGCAGACGGAUACUUCACACUAUACGCUGACAUCCCCUUAAAUGACAUGUUUGGAUACGCAACAGAGCUGCGCUCCUGCACUGAGGGUAAAGGCGAGUACACGAUGGAGUACAGCAGAUAUCAGCCCUGUGCGGCGUCUGUGCAGGAAGAUCUGGUCAACAAACACUUGGAGGCCACAGGACAGCUGCCGGCCAAGAAGAGCAAGUGGAAAAACUGAAGAGAAACGCACUCUGAGUUCAGAUCAAGCAGAUCCGUCGAGGACUGUGAACGUUAUUAACAAGCUAAGAGACGUCCAAACUGAGGUCACGCUGAUUGUUCAGGUUUGCUGGAGCACUGUAAAUGUCUUUGUACAGCCAAUGUUUACAAAUGUGGUAAUAAUUAUAAAAAGAGGAUCUGUUUUA